AUGCUCAAGAUGAUGGCAGCAAUGAAAAUCCAGCUGGUAUGCAUGAUACUUCUGGCUCUCAGCUCCUGGAGUCUGUGCUCAGAUUCAGAAGAAGAAAUGAAAGCAUUAGAAGCAGAUUUAUUGACCAAUAUGCAUACAUCAAAGACCAAUAAAGCAGGUGUUUCUUCUUGGAAAAUGACCCUUCUAAAUGUUUGCAGUUUUGUAAAUAACCUGAACAGCCAAGCUGAGGAAACAGGGGAGCUUCAAGAAGACGAGCUUAUUACAAGAAGGAAAUUUCCCACUGCCUUAGACGGCUUUAGCUUGGAAGCGAUGUUGACAAUAUACCAGCUCCAAAAAAUCUGCCACAGCAGGGCCUUUCAACACUGGGAGUUAAUUCAGGAGGAUGUUCUUGAUGCUGGAAAUGACAAAAAUGAAAAGGAAGAAGUUAUAAAGAGAAAAAUUCCUUACAUUCUGAAACGUCAGCUAUAUGAGAAUAAACCUAGAAGACCCUACAUACUCAAAAGAGGUUCUUACUACUACUGA